GAAAAUGGAAAAUUAGGAAAUAACUGCUGCAACUCUCAAUUAUUUAACCAAACCCUCCAACUCGAUCUAGGGUUCCUCUGAAUAAUCAUCCUCUAUGGACGAUCCCACGAUGGCUCCACAGCUCACGAAUCACCAUCUCAAUCUCAAUGUACCACCAACAAUGUCCCUCCAAUCACUCACUCCGCCGUCGCAUCACAUCAGCCGCAUGAUCAACUCCAGUCACCAACAGUCGCCGUCGCGAACGAUUUACUCCGAUAGGUUUAUUCCCAGCAGAUCUACCUCUAAUUUCGACCUCUUCAACAUCUCUCAGCCGUCUCCCAACUCUCCGGCGCCUGUGGAUACCCACAAGGAUGAUAAUUCCGGGACCUACACGGCCCUUCUUCGGGCCGCCCUCUUUGGGCCGGACACGCCUGAUAAAAAAGACCUGUCUGGGCCGCCUCUGGGUCGGAACAUUUUUAGGUUUAAAUCGGAGACAAGGCGGUCUAUGCACUCGCUAUCACCUUUUGGGUUCGACGAUGACGUGGCAUCCGGGGUCAGUCAGAGCCCCGUGAAGGCCCCGAGGAAGGUCCCAAGGUCGCCUUACAAAAUUUUGGAUGCACCAGCUUUGCAAGAUGAUUUUUAUUUGAACUUAGUGGACUGGUCGUCGCAUAAUGUAUUGGCUGUGGGGUUGGGAAAUUGUGUGUAUUUGUGGAAUGCUUGUAGCAGCAAGGUGACAAAGUUAUGUGAUUUGGGGAUGGAUGAUAGUGUGUGUUCAGUGGGGUGGGCGCAGCGUGGUACACAUCUUGCUGUUGGAACUAGCCAUGGGAAACUUCAGAUAUGGGAUGCAUCUCGUUGUAAGAGGGUGAGAACAAUGGAGGGACAUCGAUUACGUGUUGGGGCCUUAGCAUGGAGUUCAUGUCUGUUGUCUUCUGGUAGCCGGGAUAAGAGUAUUCUGCAACGAGAUAUACGAGCUCCGGAGGAUUUUGUCAGUAAACUAUCUGGACACAAGUCAGAGGUGUGUGGGCUGAAGUGGUCUUCUGAUAAUCGUGAGCUAGCAUCAGGUGGCAAUGAUAAUAGACUUUUUGUUUGGAAUCAACAUUCAACUCAGCCAGUGUUGAAAUACUGUGAGCAUACAGCAGCUGUAAAAGCAAUUGCAUGGUCUCCCCAUCUUCAUGGACUUCUUGCGUCUGGGGGUGGUACAGCUGACCGCUGUAUUCGUUUCUGGAAUACAACCACUAAUACACAUCUGAGCUGCAUGGACACUGGCAGUCAGGUAUGCAAUCUUGUGUGGUCUAACAAUGUCAAUGAGCUUGUCAGCACUCAUGGAUACUCCCAGAACCAGAUAAUUGUUUGGAGAUACCCAACCAUGUCAAAGUUAGCAACUCUCACGGGCCAUACAUACAGAGUUCUUUAUCUUGCCAUUUCACCUGAUGGACAGACAAUAGUCACAGGAGCCGGAGAUGAAACACUCAGAUUUUGGAAUGUAUUCCCAUCCCCUAAAUCUCAGAAUACUGAUAGUGAGAUUGGAGCAUCAUCCUUUGGAAGGACUACAAUUCGGUGACCUCUGCUAACGCUGGGCUUAGCAUUCUUCCAACUCUUCUAUAAUCUUCAGCUAUUUAUCCCACGAGGUCAAAGACUUUAUGCAAAAAAGUCCUGAAGGAGGUUCUGCUUGAACCAAACCCUUGAACAGUAAAUACUUUCAGGGAACUAAAGAUGUGAAUAGAAACGGUGAAAUAUGUCCGGCUGCUUUCAAGAUGAUGGUUUUGAUUUUCUUUUUACCCAUUUAAAUGAUUUAUUUAUUGGUGUACAGAGGGAACGUUAACAAUUAUUCUUGACGCCUCCCUUGCAUUGUAUAUUUUGAGAGCGAAGCGAAUCCUGGUCAUGGUCUCCAAUUUGGUGUAACAGUUUGAAUUUUUUGUAAAUAAACUACUAUACUUAUACGGACUGUGACGCUAUAUCCUAUAUUUCUUACAUCUAUUUAC